AUGGCGCACCAGCCGAACGGCUGGCUUGGGCAGCUUCCCCCUGACAUAAAGGCUAAAGCAUUUAUCCGGCGAGAUCUGUAUGGCUCCUAUUGCAAUAACGUUAUACCUCUUGCUUCUCAGCUGCGAUUGGCAGUGCUCAGUAUCACACUAUUACCUAUAAAACUGCUAGCAUGUUUAUUGUGUGUGUUGUCUUUCUAUUUAGUAGUAGUUUUUGGGAACACGUUGUUCCGUGAACCUUUUAAGACCAAGUACAUGGCAUUCUGGGGCAAGUUCUGGACACGCGCUUUACUUUACUGCUUGGGCUUCUGGUCGAUUAGUUGGGUGUAUGUCAACCCUGACGGGUCAUCAAGUCUCAAGCCCCCCAGUGGCCUGAAGGAACGGCGUUUUGGUGGCUACGUAUCCAACCACUGCAGUUGGAUCGACAUCGUGCUUUACAUGUCACGCCUAUUCCCUAGCUUUGUCGCGAAGAAGGAGGUCUCGACUCUGCCUCUCAUCGGUCCAAUCAGCAAAGCCAUGCAAUGCAUGUUCGUUGACCGGGAGGCCCGAUUGGCGGCCCUGGGAGACAAGGGCGAAGGCGGCGGUCAGGGCACUUCACAGCUUGUCCGGGACCGGAUGCUUCGCAAGUUCAAGGACACGUCCACUGAACUGCCCAUGCUACUGUUUCCGGAGGGCACCACGACCAAUAACCUCUACGUCAUGCCCUUUAAGCGCGGCGCAUUCAUCGCUGGUGUUCCUGUGCAGCCGCUGGUCCUCAAGUACGACACAUCGGGCCGCUUCUCACCUACCUGGGAUAGCAUGCCUGGCCACUUUCACAUUUUCUUGGUGCUGACGGAGUUAUCCUUCCGCGUCACCUGCUAUGUGCUGCCCCUAUAUGAGCCAUCGGAGGCUGAGAAGGCUGAUCCGGCGUUGUACGCAGACAAUGUACGGCAGAUGAUGGUAAAGUACAGCAAGAUCCCGGCCUGCGAGGACACAUAUGCCGACAAGCUGGCUUUUUUCAAGUACAUCAUGGACAGGAUGCGGCAGGACGGCUUGCACGGCAGCCGGGCGCCGGAAACGUGCGGGGCAGCAGAUGUUGCUGGCGAGGCGCCUUCAAAAGUGGAGGUGGAGGCGCGGGCAGCAGCGGACGGCAUGCGACAGCGGAGAUAG